CAUUCUUUGUGCUUUUAAACGACCGGUUUUAUGUCAAACCGUCUGUGAAAGAGAGGAGAAAAAAAAAAAAAGAAGAAAAUCAUCGUCUGUGACUGAAAUAUGAUAGGUCCCGUUUACCGCUGAUUUAAAGACCAAAGUAGAUUGAUCGUUUUUACAUAGCUAUUACAUUUUAAACAGCUAAACAUACUCUACCUACCGACAAUGUUAAUUUAAAAACGCAUUCUCUGUCGUAGUAAACGUUCUUCGAUUUUAGUGAAUUUCAAACGUUUUUUUUUAAAUUUUUAUCAAGUUAUAUUUAUGAUCAGGGACCGUGAAUUUCAUUAGUAAUUUUUAACUUUUAUUUAUUUUUAUUGCUCGCGUUUAUUUGCAGCGUGUAAUCGGUACAAUGACUAGAGAUCAAGCGAGCAAACGUUUUUAUCGUGUGGACAGUAACUAUGAUUUUACCGCGUUCAUGGAUCGAGGCCAAACGGCCGCGUACGAAAACAGAUGGGUGUUCGAGGCAGCCUGGGAAGUCUGCAAUAAAGUCGGUGGUAUUUAUACAGUGAUCAGAUCAAAAGCUUUCGUUUCGACUGAAGAAAUGGGAGAUCAAUAUUGCUUGUUAGGUCCAUAUAAAGAAAACUAUGCACGGACCGCCGUCGAAGAAAUGGAGUUUGAAGAGGGUACACCGUAUCACACCGCGGUGUCAAAAAUGAGAGAUUUAGGGUUUAAGUUGGUGACAGGCCGGUGGCUUGUCGACGGUAGUCCUCAAGUGAUUUUGUUCGAUAUCGGGUCGGCGGCGUGGAAAUUGGACGAAUACAAGCAAACACUGUGGGAUUCUUGCAAUAUAGGUAUACCACAUUUGGACAUAGAGGCCAACGAUUCGGUUAUUUUGGGUUAUCAAAUAUCGCAAUUCAUUUCCGAAUUUUACGCAGCGGCUGUCUUAUACACGGACUCGACUCCUUUGGUCGUUGCCCAUUUUCACGAAUGGCAAGCUGGCGUUGGACUUAUAGCUUUGCGCAUGAAACAAGAACCAAUCGCUACAGUAUUUACAACUCACGCCACGCUCCUUGGUCGUUACCUGUGUGCCGGAAACACAGAUUUCUACAACAAUUUAGAUAAGUUCAACCUAGACGAAGAAGCCGGUAAAAGACAGAUUUAUCACCGGUACUGCAUGGAGAGAGCAGCGGCGCACAUUGCCCACGUGUUCACCACAGUGUCGGAUAUUACGGGCAAGGAAUCGCAGUACUUACUAUCCCGAGAUCCGGACAUUAUCACACCGAACGGUCUUAAUGUGGUCAAGUUCUCAGCCCUGCACGAGUUCCAAAAUCUCCAUUCCAUGUCCAAAGAGAAAAUCCACGAUUUCGUGCGCGGACACUUUCACGGCCAUUACAACUUCGACUUGGAGAAAACCCUGUACUUCUUCACGGCCGGCCGAUACGAAUUUUCCAACAAAGGAGCCGACAUAUUCAUCGAGGCCCUGGCCCGUCUGAAUCACUACUUGAAAAGCGCCAACUCCGACGUGACCGUCGUGGCUUUUCUGAUUUUUCCGGCCAAAACGGAUAACUUUAACGUGGAGAGUCUGCGAGGUCACGCGGUCACCAAAAGUCUGCGAGACACCAUAUUGGAAAUACAAACGAAAAUCGGUCGGAGGAUAUACGAGACGUGUUUGAGGGGCCGAAUGCCUGCCGAGGACGAGUUGUUAACCAAAGAAGACACGGUGCGGUUGAAACGGUGUUUGUACGCUCUACAAAGGGACGAUUUGCCGCCCGUGACCACUCACAACGUUAUAAACGACUGGAGUGAUCCGGUACUCAACACGAUCAGAAGAUGCAAAUUGUUCAACACCACCGCAGACAAAGUCAAGAUCGUGUUCCAUCCGGAGUUUUUGUCCUCUACCAACCCGCUGUUCGGUCUGGACUACGAGGAGUUUGUUCGCGGAUGCCACUUGGGAGUGUUUCCCAGCUACUACGAGCCUUGGGGUUACACGCCCGCAGAAUGCACCGUCAUGGGCAUACCGUCCAUAACCACAAACCUGUCAGGGUUCGGCUGUUUCAUGGGUCAACACAUAGCCGACCCGCUGAGCUACGGGAUUUACAUCGUCGACCGGCAGAACAUCAGCGUGGAAGAUUCGGUCAGACAACUGGCCCAGUACAUGUACGAUUUUGCUCGGUUGAGCCGCCGGCAGAGGGUCAUCCAACGUAACCGGAACGAGAGGCUCAGCGAUUUGCUGGACUGGCGCAAUUUGGGCAUCUACUAUCGGCAGGCCAGACUAAAAGCGCUGUGCCAAGUGUUCCCGGACAUGUUCGACAAAGAAACCGAGGAGCUGUGCAUCACCCAGGCCUCGAGAGGCCGGUACAACUACCCUCGUCCGUACUCUGAACCGCCAUCGCCGAUGAGCAGUAGACCCACCACGCCAGGGGCCUCUGUACACGGAUCGGACGAAGAAGACAUCGACGAAGAGCGCGAGCUGGCGGAGCUUUCAGAGAUUACGAGUCAUUAAGUUAACUUCAAAAGCAAUCUGUUAUAUUUAUUAACACGAUUUAAUAUAUUUAAAAAAUUUGUUAUUUUAUUGUAUUUUUUUUUUUUGAAACCACUUCUUGUAAAACUGAAAAUCUCUUAUUAGAUAACAAAAUUGUAUUUUUUUUUUGUUUGUUUUUAUUCAAAACCACACACUUAUAUUUU